GUGGGGGUCUGUAUGUUCUUGUCCUCUUGGGUCUGUUGGUGGUUGCCACUGAAAGGAACAAGGCUGCUGGGGCUGGCUGCUGGGUAAAGGGCAACAAUACAACGAUCCACCCUCAACAAUGCCCAGCAGAGUAUCAGGGUGCAAAUGCCAACUUUUGCUGCCGCCUUUGUUAUGGUCCCAACUGCUGCGUACCCGGGAGGCCCCCUAAGGACACAUGUCUACCUAAGGCCUGGAUGUAUCGGGCUGUCCGAGAUCGUAGAAGAGCCCCUGAUGUGAAGAUUAAAGAUACCCAGAGAGAGGAAGUAGAUCUUUUGCUCCUUGCAUUUAUUAUAGUGGCUGUCUUCUUGAUAGCCACUGUCUGUUUCUACCCGGAUUGCAUAAGGUGCUUGAAAUUCUGCUGGAACCCCUCUGACAGAGAGGAACAGGCCCAACCCAGAGUCAACAUCCCAUCUUCCAGGGUCCUUUUUCACAACCCUCCAAGGUCCAACGAUCUCUCUGACUUCCUUCCUCGACCCUACACUAUACCUAGGGGAGACCCACCACCAUACUCUCUGGUAGACCCUCAAAGACCCCGUGACUUGCCACCCCCAUAUCCUGGACAAUCUGCAGAAGACCCUCAAGAAAUCCGUAGCUUGCCACUGCCAUAUUCUGAAGGACCUGUGGUGGCAUUCCACCAUUCAAGAUCUCAAGCACAAGAUGACACAGUGGUCCUCUUCCCUGUGCUGGUGGCCCCACCUGAGGCAGCUGCAACUGGCAGUAUCCCAGAGGAGGCGUCUGCAACUGGCGGUGCCCGGGAGGAGGUGGACUGGCCAGGGGCGGCUGCAACUGGCACUGUCCAGGAGGAGGUGGACUGGCCAGAGGUGGCUGCAACUGGCAGUACCCAGGAGGAGGUGGCUGCAACUGGCACUGCCCAGGAGGAAGUGGACUGGCCAGGGGUGGCUGCAACUGGCACUGCCCAGGAGGAGGUAGACUGGCCAGGGGUGGCUGCAACUGGCACUGCCCGGAAGGAGGUGGACUGGGCAGAGGCAGCUGCUUCUGACGGUGCCCCGGAUGCAGACCUCCUGGAGGCAGCUGUUUCUGGUGGUGCCCCCAAACUUCCUGAAUAAUCAGGAUGCCAGUAGCCAAUUUGCAGACCCGCUAUUAAUAGAGAGGCUGGGAAUCCUGCCCGCUGCAUAACUGUGGCUUGCUUUUAGGGUCAAGAAAAUAGAGUCGUCACUGAUGCUUCUUUUAGGGUUUAAGGCUUUUUUCCAUGAUUCUGCUUUUAGGCUUAAGGGUCUUUGUUUUUUUCCCAUGAUCAUGCUUUUUAAAACUUUGUAUUAAUUAGGCUUUUAUCCACACUUGUGUUUUAGUACUUUGCUUGCCCAGUGUUGUUUUUCUCCUUGCAAAUCGUUUACUGUGACAAGGGCGAAUGAAGAGGUGUUUGAAUGUUCCCAUCAGUGCCACAGCUCUGAGGUGCUGAUCUUGGAGACGGAAGCUCCAUUCCACCCGGGCAUCACUGCAGCUGCCUGUAUCUUAAGGGUGCAGAGUUCAAAUGGUGUGUGUGUGUUGGGGUGGGGGUCCAUGUCAGCUCUGUCCCUCUUGCAUUUCCAUUGCAAGGAAACAAGCUGGCUUGGGUGACCCUGAGCCACCCGGGUUGCGUCUGGUGACGUCACAGAAUGUUCAGCAAUGCUUUGCCCAAAGGUCACAUGCUCAGUGAAUGCUUCUGUGUCUCCGAAAGGAAAUCCGGAGCGAGGGCUCUGCCUCUAAAGGGGGGAACCACGUCUACAUGGAGCUAUUUUGUGUUCAGUACACGGGGGGGGGGGGGGGGAAUGGAACAAAUAAGAGGGUGAUUUUGUUUUUUUCAGAGUGUUGUUGGGUCCUAAUUCUUCCUCUUUAUGGGCAGAGCUGCUUCUGUGCACAGUUCAAGGCUGAUGGACCUGCACUUUUUAAAAGAUAUCCUGGGCAAGAAAAGGUAUUGUUGGACUACCCUAUGGGUCAAGCCCUGAUGUGCUACCUCUCAAGGGAUCGGGCAUUUGGGGUGGCUUGCCUGGGAAGAAUUAUUUUUGUGAACACGAACAUGAGCAUGAACAUCUCUCCCGCCCCAUGAGCUGGGGAUGCUUGCAGAGCUGCUGCAGGGCAGUCAGCCCCUUGGCACACUGAGAAUUUCUCCAACUUGGGCAUUAUAGGAACCUGCCGGUGUAUUAAUGUUGACAAGAUCAAGUGGAUCCUCCACAAUGUCUGUCCCUUGAAUGAAAUGUUUUUUGAAUUGUCUGUUCUCAAAUUGUCUUGUUUGUUCUGUAACUGUCUGAACCAAAUUACCAAUAAAAGUCUCGUGGUCUGUCUUCUUCUUUA